AUGGCUUCAUCUGGGAACGAGACAGAAAGAUGGACUCACAGGCAAGGGGGCAGAAUUGGAGAGCUGGUAGAGCCCGUGACCUCUCCUGACAACGGUCAUCGCCUCUCACCAGCGAAGUCGGUUGGCAGUGUGGAUCACCUCUUGCACCUCCCUGGGAGAGCAGACUCUGCUUACAGCUCCUUCUCAGGGGGAUCAAACGUUCCGGAGUAUCCCACCCCCUCGUGCUGUGGUGAAAACUGCUGCUUGCCUCCAGAGCAGGUACCGUACAUGGACUCAGAAUACGUAAGAGGAAUUUACCAUCUCAGCGCAGCAAACUCUGACCUCAGAUGCCUGCAUCCCUGCAAGGCGCCAGACCUGAGCAUCCAGCAUACCCCUCACAGCACCAGUCCCUGCGGAAGCACUCCUACCCGGGGGACUUCCCAUCAGGGACCGCUGCCUCUGGCCGCACCGCCACCUUCUCCUCCCACGCGACUCGACAGCUAUAAAGUCACGAGACACCUUGAAAACUCAAGAGGGAGAGGCAGCGCCAGCAGUCACAGCGAGUGCAGCGUGCAGGACGGUCACCUGGCAGAGCAGCACAGGGAUGAAAUUACUGAGCAAGAGCCAGUGGCUGCUAGGAGAAGGACUCUGGAAAACAAGGGCCCUUCUGCUGAUUGUACAAGUGAGGUAUCUGUGUCAAACAUCCAGGGGUUAAAGGCGGAGGAAAAUGGGGAGUGGAGCCCACCCCAACAGUCUAUAAAGAGAAGCAAUCCACACAUUUUCAGCAGACCUUCUUCAUUCAUUUUUCAAGAAUAUUUAAAGACUGACUCUGUGGUGAACGUCCCUAAAAUACUUUCUGCUUAUAAUUCUGUUCAUGCUUAUAAAAUUCCUGAGGAGAUGACCUCCAGGUCCUAUCCCCCGGUGCAUACCAGCCCCAGCACUGUUAAUGAUACACGGGAAGACAAACAGUAUCCCUGCAGCGUGCGUAAGCCAACUUUUGGAGAAGCAGAUCUGCAGAGAGCGGUGCCAGAGCCCAGCCAACAGUGCCCGCUCCGUGCCGAGCUCCCUUCAGACUUGGAUCAAGACGUGUUUGAGGACAGUUGUGACUUAAAACCUAUGGAGAAUGGUCUUCUAAUUAAAAAUGCUUCCAGGAAGCUGAACAGUUGUACAGAUGGAAAUCAGUGCUAUGAUGCUGAAGGACAAACUGGGAGCGAUGUUAGGGAACCGCUCCCGAAUGAGCAAGCCAGGACGCAGAGAUCAUCGCUGUCCUGCAGCUGCGACAGCGCGGAAGCGGAGCACCCUGGCUGCGAGGAGUGGGCUCAGGGAGGUGAGCCAUGCCACGGCAAUACCAACCUAAUGGCCUCUUGCAAACCGAAGGAAGAGUCCACAUCUCAAUUUUUGCACGAAGUCAAGAAAGAAAACCAGGCUCAUAACAGCAGUCCUGACCCUAGCACACACCUAGAAGAGGAAUCUCCUGUUCAGAAGUACCAACCUGAGUUUCAGGAGCAGCUCUGGAGGCAGCCACGGGACGAUCUCGCUGAUGAACAGAUAACCAGGCAGGCGACUCCCAUGCUUUACUACCUUUCUGGGGGGAAACCCACCAACCUCCUGCUCCACAACAAGCUCGCCCAACGGCAGGAGGAGGACUCAAGGAGCCCACCAAAGGCAUUUCCAGCGAGCAGCUACUCUGCCCCAGCGCGGUGUCUAGAGACACAAAGGGAAAGCAGUCGGCUUCCAAGGACCAGCCGUCAGCGCAGUGCUGAUGUUCUCCUGCUCGAGACGGAAAAUCUCAUUCCCAGGAGUCCUGCUUCAUCCACGGAUGAGAGUUUCAACAACGACUACAGAGAGAAACUUAAAGUGGCUCAGAAAAAGGUUCUGAGAGAAACCUCCUUUAAAAGAAAAGACUUACAGAUGAGUUUGCCCGUUAGGCUCAGACAGAAACCCUCUAAAAGGCCUUCGAUCGAACACCUCAGGUCUUUCUCCUUAUCCAGUGCAAGCGAGGAUGCCAAACCCGUUCCUCGGUCCCCUCCUCAUCGAGCAUCCUUGGGAAGUUUCAACAGAGAUGAGGAAAUAAAGAGGCCACAAACAGGUCGAAUAGCGGGAAGGAAAAGGGUAACAAAGGAGCAAAAGAAACUUUGUUAUUCUGAACCUGAGAAGCUCGAUCAGCUGGCAGACAAGGAGGUGUCAUGGAGUCAAGUCAGGGAUGAAAUCACGGAGCAAGAUACAGCGGCAGCGAGGAGAAGGACUCUGGAAAACAGAGGGAGGGCACUUUCCAGUUCCAAUAUCUCCAGGACGGAGCUGAAACAAAUCCAGCACUGUGCACUUAUGGAAUACAUGGAACGCAAGAUCAGUCAAAGGCCAGGCAGCUCGCAGCACCUCCCGCUGCACCAGCCGCCCCUGCAGAAGAGGCUGUCGCAUCCCAGGUGGCCUCCUGGCAAGGUCUCCAAUCCAAACGGGAGCAGGAAGGUGCAAAACAAUGAGGGUUUCUGCCAGGUUUUCUCUAAAGACAAAUCUCCAGAUGUUGUUCCUCCUUUGGCUCUUGUUCCCCCGCUGAGCGUGGCCGGCGGGUGCAAUCCCGGCUCUGCUGCGCCUGGUGCAGCGCCCUGGAAGCACGAGCCGGCUCCCAGCUGCACCGGCAAGCCUGCGUCAGCUGAAGGUGGCCCGCGGGCUGGUGCUCCUGCGUCUGGGAGAGCUCACGAGAGAUCAGAAUCAACCCCUCCUCCCACACAGGACGCCUCCAGAUGUGCCGGUGAUGUGGUGGCACCGUCUCAGUGUUGCGAGAGCGGUCUCAGCACCCCCAGUUUCCAUGGUCCUGAGAAAGAUGGAUGCAAGAGUCAUGAAUAUAAAGGCAAUGACGUGAUAGGACGGGCAUGUUGUCAGGAUACUGAGGAGCUGACUCCUCAAACCGCUAUUCCUAUCCCAAGAAGUGGAAGCAAGGAAGAUGCUCGGGUGGAGGAGGAGCACAGAACUACACCUCUGAAUGGCGAUGCUUUAAUGACGUGUCCGCAGCAGCAGGCUGCCCCUCCUCAGGAGCACGUAUCGGACUGCCGUAGAGCAUCUGCUCAGCCUCACCAAGGAGACAAAAAUACAGCCAGAGGUUUGGCUGCAGAGGUCACAUCCGUGCACAAUGGCCAAGACGAUGCUCUCCCCCAGAGAGAGACGGAUGUGGCCAAAAGGAGACUGCAGUCUCCUGAAGACCAGCGAUACCAAGAGCUUGCUAUGGAGAUCGUUGCCAAAGACAGUUCUCUGGUUGACAUUCUCAUGCCUCAUCCUGUUAGAAAAACUGCUCUAGACCUGAUGGAGGGUCUGUUUCCUGUUAACAUUUCCGUGCUGGGUAAAUCCCCGAGGAAAAAGGGAGACAUGCCACACGUGCAGGAGAAUGACAGGAAAAGUAGCAAAGCUGCAGCAGAAGAACGUCCUGAACACGACGCCAAGCAAAGGAGCGGAGGUCCUACCUCUAAGGGAAACCAAGUCCUGACCAGGAGCAGGGACCGCGCAAGUGCCCUAGAUGACAUCACGGCUAAGAAACUGGAACUCAUCUCCAGCCUCCAGUCCAAGCUGCAGAGCCUGUGGGAGGAAAGGGAGCUCGUCCUCUCCGAAGCCAGGGAGUGCGCCGAGCGAGGCGAGGAGCUGGAGGCAACGGUGCGGGACGUCUGCAAGCCCAACGAGUUUGAGCGCUACAUGAUGUUCAUCGGAGACCUGGAGAAGGUGGUGAGCCUCCUGCUCUGCCUGUCCAGCCGCCUCGCUCGAGUCCAGAACGCCAUGAGGAGGGUCGAUGGCAACACGGAUGCUGAGGAGAAGCAAUCGCUGAACGAACGGCACAAGCUCUUGUCCAGACAGCGGGAAGAUGCGAAAGACCUGAAAGAGAAUCUAGAUCGUAGGGAGAGAGUGGUCUCGGGCAUCCUCGCCAAAUACCUGACGGACCAGCAGCUCCAGGAGUACCGACGCUUUGUGCAAGUCAAGACCUCCUUGCUGAUUGAACAGAAGGACCUGGAGGAGCAGAUUAGAUUUUUUGAAGAACAAUUAGAAAAUCUUGAGAAAAGCCUCCCCCUGUAA